UGUGACUACAAUGCCCGUUGCUUCUCCUUUUUAAAUGCUUUGCCCUUGCUGCGAGAGUUAAGGACUCCAUGCUGUUGAGAAGACUUUUAAAUAGACGCGGCUCCUUAGAAAGAGUAAAGGUCUGAAGAAAUCAUAGAUGAUGGCUUCUGAUGCUAGUCAUAUGCUGGAGGCAGCGUUGGAACAGAUGGAUGACAUCAUUGCAGGUACAAAGUCAGCUACGGAGUAUGCUAAUGGUGGUUAUGAUAUUGUAUCGCCUGCUCCAUCAGUAUACUUGGGCACAUUUCAAAUUUUGCAUCUCCUGGAAGAUCUAAAGAUGGCAUUGGAAAUGCUAGAGGAUCCUCAAGAGAAAGAAGCGUUGCGAAAUCAAAUUCCGGGGGCCACAGCAGUGUGUAUACGGGAGUGGUUUGAAGAGAAUCUGUCACAGGUGAAUCAUCAUUCAUCUAAUAAUGAAACCUAUCAAGAAAGAUUGGCACGAUUAGAAGGUGAUAAAGAGUCGCUCAUACUGCAGGUGAGCGUUCUUACAGACCAGGUGGAAGCUCAAGGAGAGAAAAUCCGGGACUUAGAAAUCUGUCUUGAGGGGCAUCAGUUGAAACUGAAUGCUACAGAGGAAAUGCUUCAACAGAAAGACUUCUAUUAUCUUCCUGAGGAGUUGCUAAGUCGAACAUCACUAGAGACUGAGAAAUUAGAUCUGAUGGCUGAAGUUUCAGACCUGAAGAUUAAGCUGGUUGGUAUGGAAAAGGAACAGAGUGAAUAUGAAGAGAAACAGAACAAAGCUGAGUCAGUAGUGAACCUGAUCAGUGAGCUACAGGAGCAGAUGUGUAGACUGCAGCUGGAAAUUAAUAGUAGAAUCCAAGAAAGAAAGUCUCAAGAUAGGAAACCAGACUUGACACCUAAUGGUCCUCAAUCUAGUCCAAGAUCAGUGGUAGAGACUCUCAGCCAGAAGAAUUGCUCUCGGUGUGAUGGUUUGCUGCAGGAACUUAGACACCUCAAAAUUAAAGUGGAAGAACUGGAAAAUGAAAGAAAUCAAUACGAGUGGAAAUUAAAAGCAACUAAAGCUGAGAUAGCCCAGCUUCAAGAGCAAUUAGCUCUCAAAGAUGCAGAAAUAGAACGGUUACAAAGUCAGCUAUCUAGGACCUCAUCACAUAGUGAAGUGGCAGAAAGAGAUCAAGAAGUUCAACGGUUGAAGAUAGGAAUGGAAUCGUUAUUGGCUGCAAAUGAAGAAAAGGACCGUCGAAUAGAGGAGUUAACACUAUUGCUAAGCCAGUACAGGAGGGUCAAAGAGAUAAUGAUUGCAGCUCACGGCUCUUCCGUCUCUGGUGGCAGUGAAGAGGAACUUGAGACAACUUUAAGAAAGUGGAAUCUUUUGAAUAAUCCUCAAGGAGAAUUAUUUAAAACACAGGUCUCUUCAGGAGAAUUGUCACCAGCUAUGCUCUCUCCAGUGCCACACAAAGCUAUGGAAAUCAGUGGAAGCAUUCCAGUAUCUUCAACUAAUUUAACCUCUCCACAAGAAGAAUCUUUGGAAAUCGUAAAUAGGGUUCCACAGAAGAAAAAGUCAAGUAGUUUAGAAGACUUGCAGAGUGAAUCCCUAGAAAAGAGUAAGCCACUUGUGAAAGGCAGCAAGUAUCAAACCUUGCCAGGAAAGCUGCCUCGACCCUUACAGAACGGAGAGCAGGGAACAUAUAAUUUGCCGGAUGGGUGUGGCACGAACGACAAUGAGGACAACAGCAUCCUGGGCCUAAAUCGCAUCAGGAGUGUCAGUGCGCCAGUGCUAGGAGAAACAGAGAAUGUGGAUGGUACCGUAGUCUCAGAUGACCUUUCACCUCUUUCUUCGGGAACGGAUUCAGGUCCACAAUCUCCAUUGUCUCCAGAAAACAGAAAGAGUCCAAAAGGAAUCAAGAAAAUCUGGGGAAAAAUAAGAAGAACUCAGUCAGGUAACUUCCCUGCAGACGACCUGGGUUUGGCGGAGUUUCGAAGAGGUGGUCUCCGUGCAACAGCUGGACCUCGGUUAUCCAGAACAAAGGAAACCAAAGGCCAGAAAAGUGACUACAAUGCGCCGUUUGCUCAGUGGAGCACUGAAAGAGUUUGUAACUGGCUUGAGGACUUUGGUCUCGGUCAGUACGUUAUUUUUGCACGGCAGUGGGUGACUUCAGGCCAUACACUGUUAACUGCGACACCUCAGGACAUGGAAAAGGAAAUGGGAAUAAAGCAUCCACUGCACAGGAAGAAAUUAGUUUUGGCCAUUAAAUCAAUAAAUGCAAAACAAGAUGAGAAGUCUGCACAACUUGAUCAUAUCUGGGUGACACGAUGGCUUGAUGAUAUUGGUUUACCUCAGUACAAAGACCAGUUUCAUGAAUCCAGAGUUGAUGGGAGAAUGUUGCAGUACUUAACUGUGAAUGACCUUCUUUUUCUGAAAGUCACCAGUCAGCUGCAUCAUCUGAGUAUUAAAUGUGCCAUUCAUGUGCUGCAUGUCAACGGUUUUAACCCCCACUGUCUACGCAGGAGACCAGUUGAGGAGAAUAACGUUUCACCUUCUGAAGUAGUUCAGUGGUCCAAUCACAGAGUGAUGGAAUGGCUCAGAUCAGUCGAUCUGGCAGAAUAUGCACCAAACCUUCGAGGAAGCGGAGUGCACGGUGGCCUGAUUAUUCUCGAGCCUCGCUUCAACGGUGACACACUGGCAAUGCUGCUGAAUAUUCCACCUCAAAAGACCCUACUGCGACGCCACCUAACAACCAAUUUUAACGUAUUAAUAGGACCAGAAGCACAGCAAGAAAAAAGAGAAAUAACGGAGUCAACAGCAUACACACCUCUGACCACCACUGCCAAAGUUCGGCCAAAGAAACUUGGAUUUUCACAUUUUGGAAACUUAAGAAAAAAGAAAUUUGAUGAAUCAACAGACUACAUUUGUCCUAUAGAUACAAACGCAGCUGCUACGAACGGUACUCAGAAAAACUAUGGUGGAUACAAAGGACUUAGUCCAUUCACUGAUAGGGAACUGGACCAGAUGGAACAUUCAGAAGGAACAGUAAUGCAAAUAGGGGCUCUUUCUCAAGGCAUAAGCCAUCUUACGACCAUGUUAAGCCAAGAUGAAAUGCUGAAUGACAGCAGAUUUUUAACACCUACCUUUGAAGACGAUGUUUCAACGUGACAAAGAACACUAAUACCUCAUGCCUGUCCAGAGGGCUGGCCAGGAGAAGCUUGAUGCUGUGGUGCAGAAAAGCUUUACCUCUUUUCUGCCAACGAGACUUAUCAUGUAGCAUUUAAUAUUGUCAAAGUAGCAAUGCAUUACAGGUAACUCUCCUCCACGCUGUUUUCUGUAUUUCGUAAUGUGAAAUAGGUGUUGAGAGAGGUGGUACUCACAUCCAGAGUCUGGAAAGCCAAGACUGGCAAUACGUUUUACCCUUUUAUUCAGUCAUCUUUUACGUGGUAUGUUUAUGUACUGUUAUAUGAAAGAUCUUUUGUAAUUUUUUAUUUUUAUAAUUAAGUUGUAAUGCAGGAAUCAUUAAUACUCUGUUGUACAAUGUGGACUAAUCAGAGCCACCUAGAAAUUCAGAUGGAUGCUGGUGAGUGCAGCAGUAAUGGCUCACUAACUACUACUGCAGUCUUGCCAGAGACUGUUUCCCAUAAAAGGAUUUUAACCUCUCAUCCCUUUCAUUAGCACAUGUCCUGCCCUCUUUUUAUCUUAAGUAAGUGCAGUGUAGAAUGGGAAGAAAGGACCAUAAUACUAUCCCUCAAGCCCUUGGUUUUAUCAGGAGGAUGCCAAUCAAGAUGGCAUGUUCACAAAUCUUUACCUAACUCAAAAGAUGAACAACUACAGCAGGAAAUGUAACUUUGAGACUACCAGAAAAACUGAUGGACUCAAAAGCUGGUGCUUCAUUUAAAGUGAUUUUUUUUUAUCGUGUGAUUUUUAUACGUGCACUAAGAUGUUCACGAUCAAGAAGCGAUCACAACACUUACUUACUUAACUAACGUAAAAUGUAACUUUAAGAAUGGUGUUCACUGCACUCUGUAGGGUAAGCGCAACAGAAUUUCCAGCAUGAUCCCUUGUUUGGUUUUAAAUGGCAGUUCUUUAACUAGAACUAUUGAGUGGGCUCUUUCUGUACACUGACAUUUUGUCUAAAAGGGCUAGUACCAACACACACGUGCAAGCAUCAGGAUGCUCAUAAGCCUUCUGAACAGUCAAAAUGGUUCAGACAAAGUUCUCCCUGUACCUGACUGGUCUGAAACAUAGAACGGGCUCUCAGGAAGACAGGGAUGGUAAUAAGCCUAUUUUUUUUACAUAGUUACACCUAAUUAAACAUAUGGCUGCAAACAGCCCUGAGGACUGGAGAUCGCAGUAGAAACACCUUUGUAAUGUUUGCAUGAGAACUGGUGAUGUUGUAAAACAAUAUUGCUGUUCACUUUCAGUUCUCAGAUUUUCAUAGAAUAAUUCAUUUAGCAAUAGGAGACAAACUGCUCUGUGAUGUGUAAAAAUGUGACUAAGGAGCAUCAAGCAAGUACCACAAUAAAACAAAUUUUUGUUUCUUUAAAACACCUGAUAAAAUAGAUCUGUCGCUAUUCUACUGAGCUAGGCAGGACUGCAGCACUGUAACAGAGGGAAAUAUGGCCUCCCACUACUUACUUGAGGGGCUGUUCGAGGGAGAAAGCAUCUCCUUUACAGCAGCAAUUACUUGUAGCAUCUGUUGACGUGUGCCUCUCGUGUAUUAACGAGAUAUCUUAGUAAACAGGGAAAUGCCAGAAAAGAAAUCUCUUCAGUUGUAAAGAAAAGACUUAGUAUGUAAUAUGGAUGGGUUUUGCAUUACUCUCUCCUUGCUGGCUGCAGGGUGUUGGUUUACUUACUUAUUAAUAUAGCCUGAGGGCAGGUCAUUCCCAGCCACAACCCUCCCAAAUAAAGGGGAAAUCUCAGGUACUGUCCAGAGUAUGCAGCAAGGGCUCUUCGAGAGCUAUUAGUGGCACUUUUUAAAGGUGACCUAUUCUAGUCCUUACUCCACGAGCCUCUCAUGACAGACCCUGCACUGUAUGGUCAGAUUUCAGAAGCUAAACACAAUUUUAUUGUUCAAAAUGGUAAAACCAAGGCAAUUUUUUUUCAAUCACUGAACAAUGAAAUGAUAAUGGAAAAUCCAAAGGACUGAGAAGUCAGUCUACACAUCAGCAAACUACAAAUGCUUAAUAAAAGGUAUUAAAUGACCAGUCAAGUACAUCUCUAAUCUGGCAAUCAACACUAGUGACCAGAUCAUGUACUAUGGGCAUUUGAAAUACUUUGUCAGGUUAACUAGCCAGCAGACUUACUUAUUACAGCACUACAAAUAGGAUAAGCUGUUCCAACAGAGACAGCCUUAAUAUCACAGGCAUAUUCCUGUGAUAAGCAGAUUUUCAGAUUUCAAUCAUGUAUUUAUAACUCAGUGUGGUGGUGUGCUAACUUAGAUGUAAAUAGUCAAUCUACAAAAUUAUUGAUUUUUUUUUAUAUAUAUAGUAAGAAAUCCUAAUUAGCAUAACAGGCAUAAAUGCUUAUUUUUUGACUGUUAGGAAUAAAUUCAGAAUGUUCCUCCAUCUCUUGCUGACUGUGGAAUGAUUUUAACACAAAUACGCAUGGCUGAUCUCUCAUCAGGAACAGAAUCACAGUCUGAAUCCCUGUGUCUGUCUUUGCAUUGUUGCUACAAAUGUAACUGAUGAAGUACAAAACCCAUAUGUCAAUUUUUAACCAGUCAAUUCCUCCUUUGGUUUUGCUUUAGAUGAAUAAAAAUAUUUAGUAAACAUAUUCAUUAGCAUCUGAAGAAACAAGUCUUCUGGCUCAGGGAUUUGUCAGACCCUAAAACAACUGUAGUAUAAACUUAAUUCCUGGAAAUGAACGUGCAGUACUUCAGGCACUGAAGACUAAAAAUUAAAUGCUAUGUGGUAAAAACACUGAGAUGAGGCAUGAGCUGAGUUUAAGAUCGACUCAGCAUAGCUUACAAUAGGAAGUAAGAAGCCAUGUUUUCUCUUAAGCAAAGGAAACUUCUGAAACUGCCAAAAAAUCAAGCACUACACUUAGAGAAUGACAUUCAAAUAGCGUAACAUCACUGGAUAGUUACGUAUAUGCAGCCCAGAACUUCCAUGUACAGUUGGCAGUGAUUGUUUAGCUAAGGCUGUUAGAAGACAACAUGAAGUUAUGUAAUCCUCCUCAAUAAAUUUCACACUAAUGAGAAUUUCUGUUACGGUAAUAAGCAAUUUGCAUGUUACUCAAAUUCUGUUCACUUUUUCGAUAGCGUACUGUGGCUUGCUUCUUAGUCCCUGGUAAAGGGCUGUA